GGGUUGUGCCGCCGGUCACCUUUGCCCGACAGCCGCUGGGCCAUGGCGCUGGCGGUGGUAACGUCGCGCAGCCGAAGCGCGUCGCUGGCAGCUGAAGCUCUCAAGAAGCUGCACAGAGGUUCGUCCGCAUCCCCCGCUGGAGGUGCUUCUCCCUCUGACACUGCCUCCUCGCGUUCGGCCCUCUCCCAGCAGCAACAGCAGCAGCAGCAGCCAGUGCAAAAACAACCCCUGCUAACCAACCUGCCUCGCCUUCCCCCAGCAUCCAUUCUCCUCCCAGCAGACGAAGCAGCAGCCGCAGGGGUUUCUCUCCCUUCCUUCCCUCCCACGAGAGAAGAUAGCAGCAGCGCAGCAUCACAUGCAUUGCAGGCAUCGCAGGCAUCCCAAGCAUCUCGAGCAUCACGAGAGGCUGGGCUCAACAGCACCAGGGUCGCACAUGGAACUGACAACGACACCAGAAGGAGGAGGAGUAGCGGCGGAGUGGGCUCUAUGGAAGGGCUAGGAGGCCUCGUGAGUGGAGUGGAGUUGUCGAGGGAUGUACGCAGCGAGGAAACCCAGGGUGAGGAAUCAGAGAGGGGCUCUGCUGUGGGGCUAGAGAGUGGUGAAGGUGGAGCAGAGGGGCACGGGAUGGUUUCUGGUGGUGGUGGUGGUGGUGGUGGUGGUGGUAGGAGAGGGGGGAUUGAGAUCGGCGUAAGAGGGGGAGUGGUCGCAGCUGACGAUGAGGAUGCUGGGCAAAGAAUGGGAGGAGAAGGAGAAGGAGGUAUGGGAGGAGAAGGAGGAGUAGGAGGAGUGGGAGGAGGAGGAGGAGUAGUCGAACGAGCUGUCGAGGAAGGGCUUAAAAAGAAGGCGAAGCGAGGAGGGCGGGAGAGGGUGAAGAAGAGGAAGGGGAAGAGGAGAAGCAAGGGGAAAGGGAACAGCAAGGGGGAAGGGCAGGGGAGAGGGCAGGGGAGAGGGCAGGGGAGAAUCAAGGGGAGAGGGAAGAGGAGAAGAGAGAAGGGGCAAGGAGCGGCAGGGGAUGAAAAGGAGAAAGGCGCCAGUGCAGCAGAAAGCUUGGACGCCGACUUGAGUCGUAUUGGCAUGGAGGACCUGCUGGAAGGGAACAAGGGAGAAGAAGAGGAGGAACGGGAGGGGCAGGAGGAGCAGGAGGGACAGGGAGAAGGGGAGAGAGCAGCAGGAGGGGGAGGAGGAGAUGGGGGAGUUAUGGCAGGCAAAGGGAGCAGAGCUGGGCCGAGGGCUGCAGCUGCUGGUGCUGGUAUUGGUGAUGGUCGAGCAUUUGGGGAUGGUGGUGAUGAGAGUGAGAGGAGUGCUGGGGCUGUUUCCUCUCAAGAGAGCGAUAAUAGUGGUGCUGCUGCUGCUGCUGCUGCUGGGAAGGGAACAGGCCUUGAGAGUGAGGAGGAAGGGAGCAGGCCUGGGGGAGGAGCAGAGAGAGCGUCUGAGGGGGAGGAAGAGGAGGGUGGAGAGGGGGAGGAUGCUGCAAGGGGUGAAGGCAAGAAUGAUCGGCACGAGGAGGAGGAGGAGGAGGUAGGGGGAAGGAAGGAGAGCUUGGACGAGAACGCUGGGGAAGGGGGGAUGAUGUGGAGGGGGAGGAAGGAAGAAAGAGGGAGGCUAGGUUGGCAAAGAGUGAGGGGAGCAUGAAUAAAGGGGGUGAAGAUUCAGGUGUUGAGGGUGCAAGGAAAGGGUCGGAUGAGGACGAGGAUGGUGAGGAUGGUGAGGAGGGUGAGGGGGAGGGCGAGGAGGAGGAGGAGGAGGAGGUUGAGAAGAGGAGAGGCAAGGGGAAGGGGGAUGGUGGGGAGAACGAGGACGAGCGUGACGAGGAAGGAACGGGUCCGAUGCUUGGAAAGGUGGUGCCGGACCAGGGAAAGAAGACCCUUUCCCAGCCUCAGGUGGUUGCCAUGAGGGGACGAGAACGGCGGGAUGAUGAGAGGAAUCCUUAUGCGGGUGAGCAUGAGAAAGAAGAUGGGGAUAGGGAUAGGGAUAGGGACGGGGAUGAUGAGGCAGAGGUUGAGAAGGUAAUGGUGCUGGUGGAGAGGGAUGAUGAUGUGGCAGGUGCUGAGUGAGAAUGGGAGGCUGAUGGGAGCCUGGGUGGGAGGGACGAGAAGGAGGGCGCGGUGCAGUGCGGAGGAUGCACUAAGAUGCACCAGGCUCAGGGAUGAUCUGGUGCAUAAGGAAAGUGAACGAUAGCCGCAAUGGGGAAUCGGAUGGGAGGUGGAAGGUAGGGGCAAGCGAGCGGAAUGGAGUGCCUGCCCCCUGGAAAAAAAAGGGACGAAGUCAUGAAGGGAGUGUGUGCGAUGGUAAAAAAAGCUUGUGUUUGGACAGGCCAAUGCGACGUAUCGCUGAUGCUUCAGUUAAAGCUACGGGCAAGCACAAAUUUCAGAAGCUGAGAGCUGGGUGUGUCAAAUGUAACUUAGGUCGUUACUGUAGACUAUACUGGAUUCUGCCUUAGAGGGUACAACACCCUAGUCUAUAUACACUUGUACUCACACAUUCU